CUUUAUAUACCAUAAAAAUCCCAGGGAAAGAUAAGGAUUAUGUUUUAUUUUUUAUUGAAGGUUUCCUCGUCGCUUUUUUCUUAAAUUGAUAGUCAUUGACAUUUAUCAACGAUUUUAUAUUUUAUUCUUUCAAUUCUGUCGAUUUAGUGUUUUUUGGUUUAUUGAUUCGUGUAAUUUGAAACUUCAAUUGGAUUUAUGAUUUCGCCAGAGCGAAAUGACGUUUUUGAUGCGUUUGGACGAGGACUGGGUAAUUGUCUGUUGACAUUAUUAUGCAUUUUGAUUGUGUAGUUGAUCGUUUGAGUGGAAUUUUUAAGGAUCUGGAAAUAUUGCUAAUUUUAGAGAAUUAAUGUCUAUGUUUUAUGCUGUCUUAUGUUGAGAGUAUAAACGUAAUAUUGUUGGUAUACAAGUUAAGCUUCUACUGUGGAUAGUACUGUCAGAAACUGUACUAAAUGGAUGGAAUUAUUGUAUGCUAAUUAUAACUAGUCUAAUGGUGCCAAGGUACGAAAUUUUUAUAUCACUUGGAUUACAUUGUCUACCCAAGUGAAUUUCACGUUGUAAUUAGCAAUUUGAGGUUAUGUUUUCAGCUGCAGUUUCUUGACAAUCGCCUUGACUUCUUUGCCAAAUUUCCUCUAUCUGUGUAAUAAAAUGGAAGGUGUGGAGAGAUGACACUUUUACAAAUUUGAUUUGAUUUUUUUCCCAAGAAGAGGCCUCUGAAGAAUGGCAAGCACUGUGGAUGCAGUAGGAGAUCCAGUUCCCAAUUCACCUGUCCUGAUGGCAUCGUGGAAACACAUAUCAACUAAUUGUCGUAAUGAGAAUUUGGCCUUCCUCAAAUGCAAGAAGGCUGAUGGAAACCCCGAGAAGUGUCUUGACAAAGGCCAACAAGUUACUCGCUGUGUGCUUAGCCUCCUGAAUGAUCUCCACGAAAGGUGCAACAAAGAGCUGGAUUCUUAUUCUGGGUGCAUGUAUUACCACACAAACGAGUUUGAAAUGUGUCGUAAAGAACAAACAGAGUUUGAGAAAGCAUGCCCAUUCGAUUGAAUAACGAAUGUACACUCCAAUCGUGUGAACGAAAUAAAUUCACCACAUCGGCAACUAGUGAAUUCUUCUAUUGAACGAUCUGUUUCUGAUUUGAAUUCCACCAUUCUGAAUGAUAAGAGAUUUAUAUGGAUUUGCAUUUAAAUGCCAAAGACAUGCCAGCUCGUCUCCAAUAUCAAGUGUUCAUUUUUUUAAUGUUUUA